AGUUCUCUCCAGCUCUCCUUUCAAGCCCCCACCGCUGAACUCGCCAACUCGAUUGGAGACUUGGAGCUCUCCCCGACUCGGCAAACCUGCAAGAGUGCGCAGAACCAGCAACCCAUCUCCGGUCUCCGCGCCUCCGCCUCCAGGCAAUGUUCCAGAGAGCAAUCUGAUCGAAAACACCUUGGACAACUGCAUCUUCUGGUGUGAAGUGUUCUUGUUUGCAUUUACCAAUGCAUCCUCCAGCUUCUGUCCCAGUUGUUAAAUUGGUUCUGUUACAUUUGAUUAAAUUGGGGGUUUAGAUUGUCCACCAUAAUCUUUUUUUCUCCCUUCGUUAAGAAGUUCAAGCCCCACCAAGGUUGUAAUCCUGGAUCCGCCCCUGAUAAUGCAACUAUAGUCUUUCUUCGAUCAGGAUGUGCAGCCUGAGUAUCAGUUUGAUGUUUAACCAGUGGGCAUCGUGAAAAUGGAAGACUCAAAGCAGAACAGCAGUAUAAAGCAGCUCAGGUUCAGUGGAAGCUUAGGUCUCUCGAAUUGCUUCAGCUUUGGUGUUUUUGUUUCUUGACUGGAUUUAGAGGGGAAAAAGGAAGACCCAAACAGUCGCUUGAAAGUCAGAAAGAAUCGUGGUAAGCUCGGUACGAAUAUUACGGCGAGACUUUCAACCGCACUCGAGUGCUAAUUGACAUAACGCCGGGAACGGCGCUGUCCACACUUUACGGUCAUAGCAGAAGCAAUGAACAAACAGAGACGGCCACCGCCGGACCCAGUGGCUGUGCUGAGAGGUCACCGUGCCUCUGUCACCGACCUUUGUUUCCAUCCAUCUCAACCUCUCUUAUACACUGGUUCCGCAGACGGUGAGUUGCGGAUUUGGGACACUCUGCAGAAUCGGACAAUAGUAUCAGCAGGGGUGCAUAAUGCGGCACAUGGGGUUGCUUCUGUUGCUUGUAGCUCUUCAAUUGGAGCUGACAAAGUUAUCAGCCAGGGUAGGGAUGGAACUGUUAAGUGCUGGGAUAUUGGAGAUGGAGGUCUAUCCAGGGCUCCCUCUGUGAUGAUUGCGACAAAUGCUUACCACUUCUGUAAGCUUUCGUUGGUGAAGAGACCUCAUUCUUGUUCUACACAAGUUGACGGGCCAAAGCAUCAUGACGGAGGUGAGAGGGAGACUAGUACUACUGAUGCAGAUACUCUGGAUGAUAGUGAAGAAAAGGUCCAAGGGUAUCUGUCUGAGCUGUCUAGAACCGAUGAAGUAUUUCUUGAAACAGAAAAUACUGAAGCUGGAGGAUCUAAAUACAUUGCUAUAGCAGGAGAGCAGUCUUCUGAGGUUGAGAUUUGGGAUCUUAAUACUGCAGAAAGGUGUAUGCGACUACCUCAAAGCUGUUCUGCUGACUCCUCAGCUAUUUCUACCAAGGAAAGAGGAAUGUGCAUGGCAGUUCAAGCAUUUUUACCAUCAGAAUCACAGGGAUUCCUAAACGUCGUGGCUGGUUAUGAGGAUGGCUCCAUGCUUUGGUGGGAUAUUAGAAAUCCAGGUGUUCCAGUUACAUCUGUCAAGUUUCAUUCAGAGCCGGUUUUAAGCCUAUGCAUUGAUGAUUCAUGCAAUGGUGGUAUCUCAGGAGCUGCAGAUGAAAAAAUUGUGCUCUACAGUUUGGAUAAUUCCAUGGGUACAUGUGUGAUAAAAAAAGAAAUUGAUUUGGAGCGACCUGGCAUAUCAAGCACCACUAUUCGACCUGAUGGUAAAAUAUUUGCAACAGCUGGCUGGGAUCACAGAGUGAGAGUAUAUAACUAUCGCAAAGGAAAUGCUUUGGCAAUAUUGAAGUAUCACCAUGCAACGUGUAAUGCAGUCUCUUAUUCACCAGAUUGUAAGCUCAUGGCCUCUGCAUCAGAGGACACAGUGGUGGCACUUUGGAAACUCUAUACUCCUCAAAACUGAGAGUUAUAUUAGAAUCACAUCGAGAAUCAGUAAAUGUUUCUGUUUCUGUAUAUAUAUUUUAACCAAGAUGUCAAAUAUUGUUGGAGCCUAUUCUGCAUCCGUAUAUGGCAUCUAGAAGAUAACUGACAUUUGCAUAACGAUCCCAUUCUUUUGUUGUUAGCCAAAAUUUGCAUAACGAUUC